AUGGAAGAAAUCGUAUUUGAGGAUUAUGAUCAAGCAAAUGAAUUUAUUGACUAUAAAAAAUGGAUAGAAAGGAUCGAACGGGGCGUGGACAAAACCGUUUCCGAGAUUCAGAGCGAGUUCAAAGAGAUCGUUGUAAGAUGGUUCGAGUUUGACGAUGAAUACGAUCUUGUAAUUGAUUUAUUAAAGGAGACUGGGGAUAGAAAGUACCUGUUUGAUACAAAAGAUAAAAAACGAUUCGGAGAAUAUGAUGUAAUCGAUUUUGGUAAAAUAUGUAAAAAGAUGAAAUCUGAUGGUGUUGUUAUAACAAAUUUUUAUUGUACAAAUUCAGCGAAGAGGAAAGCGAGAGAGCUUGGAAUGUUGUUAACAGAUCCUCAACGUGCCAAAGUAAAGAUCGACGUAUUCCUGGAAAAUUUAAGAUCUUGUGUGGAAGUCUCUGAAAUUGAAAGCGAUAUAUCAAAAAAUGAAGUCGUUUCGAUGGAGAUAACGAGCGAUUAUUUAAGAAUCGUGAAGAUGACAAUUAGUGAUGAUGAAGACCAAGAAAAAAACAAUGGAAUCUGA